GUCCGGACCUGGCCAGCGCCCCUCGCCCGCACUGCGGGCUCCCGCGCAGCCGGCGGGCAGGGCGCUCCGGCAACUCGGCUCGCGAACCUUGUCUGCGGUGGGCGGGGCCGGCCGGGAGCCCCGCCCCGGCUCAGCCCCUGAAACCCAGGCGCGGACCGGCUGCAGUCCCAGAAGAGAGCUGCUGUCUGCGGAGGAAGCUGCAUCUUCGGACGGCCGCCCAGCCACGGGAGGACGUGGGGUGGCACUGGGCGCCAGACGGACCCUCCCCGGGACCCGCCUGCCCUUUGGCGCUCCGCCCCGCCGGGCCGCUCCCCGUCGGGUUCCCCAGCCACAGCCUUACCUGCGGGCUCUCGACUCUCCCCGGCUUCCAGAAGAUGCUGGAACCACCGGCCGGGGCCUCGGGGCAGCAGUGAGGGGGGCAUCCAGCCCCCUACUCAGCUCUUCUCGUCCUGUGCCAGGGGCUCCCCGGGGGAUGAGCGUGGUGGUUUUCCCUCGGAGCCCCCUGGCUCGGGACGUCUGAGAAGAUGCCGGCCAUGAGGCUAUUCCCUUGCUUCCUGCAGCUCCUGGCCGGGCUGGCGCUGCCUGCUGUGCCCCCCCAGCAAUGGGCCUUGUCUGCUGGGAAUGGCUCGUCAGAGGUGGAAGUGGUGCCCUUCCAGGAAGUGUGGGGCCGCAGCUACUGCCGGGCGCUGGAGAGGCUGGUGGACAUCGUUUCCGAGUACCCCAGUGAGGUGGAGCACAUGUUCAGCCCGUCCUGCGUCUCCCUGCUGCGCUGCACUGGCUGCUGCGGUGAUGAGAACCUGCACUGUGUGCCGGUGGAGACGGUCAACGUCACCAUGCAGCUCCUAAAGAUCAGCUCUGGGGACCGGCCAUCCUACGUGGAGCUGACGUUCUCUCAGCACGUGCGCUGCCAGUGCCGGCCUCUGCGGGAGAAGAUGAAGCCAGAAAGGAGGAGACCCAAGGGCAGGGGGAAGAGGAGGAGAGAGAAGCAGAGACCCACAGACUGCCACCUGUGCGGUGAUGCUGUUCCCCGGAGGUAACCGGCCUGUUGGAGGAGAGAGACCCCGUACCCGGCUCGUGUAUUUAUUAUCUCAGUGACCUCCUGCUAGUACCUGCCCUCUAUUUAUUAGCCAGCUGUUUCCCUGCUGAAUGCCUCGCUCCCUCCAAAACGAGGGGCAGGGAGGAACGGGACCCUCAGGAAUUCAGUGCCUUCAACAACGUGAGAGAAAGAGAGAAGCCAGCCACAGACCCUUGGGAGCUUCCAUUGGGAAGAAGCAAGACAUGUUGCCGCAUGAUGGGCAAGCUAGGCCCCAGAGGCCCUGGGAGUCUCCAGGGGCCUGGAGAAGGAGAGAAUGGGUCCCUGCUGCCUGUUCUUGGGCCUUGGGCUCUGCACAGACAAGCAGCCUUUGCUUUCGGAGCUCCUGUCCAAAGAAGGGAUGAGGAGCCUGCUGCGGCCACCACCGCCUGGCUGGUGGGAAGGCGGGCAUUGGGCAGAGGGGAUCCAGCCACUUCCCCCUCUUCUUGGCAGUAGCUCUUCACCCUGAAGAUUGGAACGUUCA